GAAAUGAGCCGGGGUUGGAAUAACACUUUAAAGGCCUGACGCCCUCUUCCUCCUCCCACCCCCUGGUCACCUCCCAGCUCCUCCGUUCAGCUUUCUCCCCUCCCAGGCGGUCCUCACUCCCCCAGGCUGCAGUCAGUGGGAGCCCCCAGCCUGCCAAAGCCAGGAGUACAGGUGGGAUCAAGGUCCCAGGAUGUUGAGAACAUUGCUGCCACUGCUGCUUCUACUGAUUCUGCCCGGCAGGGCCCUUUGUAUCCAGGAAACUUCCGAUGGUGCUCAGAACCUCCACAUGCUCCAGAUCUCCUACUUCCCACACCCUGGUCAAGUGUUGUACCAAGGCAACGCGUCGCUGGGGGGGCAGCUGACGCACUUGCUGGAAGGCCAGGACUCCAACAUCACGAUUCUUCAGCUGCACCCCUUGCAGGAGCCCCAGAGCUGGGCGCACACAGAGGGAAGCGUGCGGCUCUACCUGAGCAACUUCCAAGGCAUAGUGCAGCUAGUACACCAGGAGCGGGGCGUGGCCUUUCCUCUGACCGUUCGCUGCUUCCUGGGCUGUGAGCUGCCUCCUGAGGGCUCUAGGGCCCGUACCUUCUUUGAAGUGGCUGUGAAUGGGAGCUCUUUUGUGAGUUUCCAGCCAGAAGCUGCCUUAUGGGUGGCAGGGUCCCAGGUCAGCUCUACAGUGGUCACCUACACCCUGCGUCAGCUCAACGCCUACAAUCGUACUCGGUAUGACCUGCAGGAUUUCCUGCAGAACACCUGUGUGCAGUACGUGAAAGAACACCUCACCACGAAAACCUUGAAAGGGAGCCAAACAAGCCGCUCCUACACUUCGCUGGUCCUGGGCAUCCUGCUGGGCACUUUCAUCAUCGGUGGUGUGGCUGGAGGCAUCUUCCUGUGCACAGGUGGACGGCUGUGUUAAUUACUCUCCAGUCCGCUCUGGAGAAGGGCUGGACUGAUGGGGGCUGACAAAGAAAAACCUCAGCUCACUGAAAAGCCAAACAUAUUCCCCAUUUGGGACAUGAUAUCCCAUGUUUGGAGUACCGGCUUUCUUCUUCCAGAUCUGCCCACCAAGAGUUGGGGCGAGGGAAGGGGAGAAGGCUAGAUAGACGGAGUACUUGGUUGACUAGGAAACUAAGAACUUGCAUGCUUCAUUGCAUUGGUUUGAGAAGUGAAUGCUUGUCUAUCUUUGUGAAAAACAGAUGAUGGAGUUGUGGUGGUGAUGGUGGGGUCUAUGGCCCAUCCUCCAAAGACAGACAGAAUCACAUAACCAAGUAAAACAAGUCAUCACAAAACCAAAAUAAAUAACAUUCAAUGCCUGCAGCUGUGUCAGCCAUAGGAAGAGACAAUGCUAUGAAGGAGGUAGAAAGAAAUAACAAGAGAAAUGGUAGGAGUGUAAAAUCCAAGUAAUAUGGGAACAAGGAGUUACUAAAUAAUCAGUCAAUAAUAGUAAUAAAUUCCUUAUUUAUGUAUAAGGCAUUAUUAUUUCCUCUACUUUGAAAAUUUUCUAGAAAAGUACCCUAUAUCCCUUGCUUCUAUGUCCUUAUCUCCUACUAGAGGCCCAAUACAUGAAGUUCAUGCAAGAGUAGGCCUUCGCAGGCCCGGCUGCCUCAGCCCUCGCAGCCCCGGCUUUGUCCGGAAGGUAAUCCAGACAGUCGUCCGGACGGUCGUUCCACUGUUCGGCCGUUUGGUCAAUUUGCAUAUUACACUUUUAUUAUUAUAGAUGCGCUCUUCAGCCAUUGCAGUCUGACAUCUCAAUAAACUGCUCCAAACUCAUCAAUGACCUCUAAUUGUGGAAACUGCAUCCUCCAUGAUAUCUGUACAUUUCACUUUGUGGACUAGAGCUAUUUUUACCCCAACUUCUGAAAUACCAUACUUCUAAUUUUUAAAAACUGUUCAAUCCCUUUGCCUAUACCAUCUUACUCCAUUUAUCUUGGAAAUUUUAGCUCCCUUAGAAUUCCAUUUUUGGGCUCCUUGUGUUUCCCUUUAAACUGUAUCUUUCUGGGCAACCUAUUAACUUGCAUGGCUUCAAAUACCAUCUAUCUGUGGUGAUUUCUAUGGGGAAGCAAUAUAAUCUUGUUUCUGAGAGCAUGUGUUUUGUCAUCAGACAGACUUGAGUUUUACUUCUUUCACCAGGCAUUUUAACUUCUUAAAGUCUCAAUUUCUUCAUAAACAAAAGGUAUGAUAAAAUAUACAAAAAGGGUAUAAUAAAGAUACCUACUUCAUAGAGGCAUUAUGCAUAUUAAAUAAGAAUAUAUAUGAUAUAUGUAUACUCAAAUACAGGGUGGGGCAAAAGUAAGUUUACAAUUAUGAGUAUGUAAAGCAGAGUUUAUUCUUAUAUUAUUAUUUAUUAAUUAUUGUAUUAUUUUUCAUAUGAACAAUUGUAAACCUAAUUUUGCCCCACCCUGUAUAGCACUUGUUGUUGAUCUCCAGACCAUCCCCAAAUGCAUUCAUUCUUGAAAAUCAUCUCUACCAUAAUAUUCUGUAGACAUUUUAGAGUCAGCAUAUUCAAAAUAAACAUAUUUCUCCCCAAACCUAUUCUUUUUCUCCUGUGGUUUACUAUCAAUUAAACAGAAUUACCAUCAAAUCAUAUCAAUGUAAAGACUCAGAGUUAACUUAUGUUUACUCCCUCUUCAUCCCCCACCUACAAAAUACAAUAUCUGUAGAAUCCAUUCCCUCCUUUCCACUCCAUUGCUUUUGUUUCAGGUAUUAUAAUUCAUCUCUUUCUUUGUGGUAGGCAUGGAAGUGUGCCACCCAGUUCUACCUUCAAGGAACUUGCUGUUCAGUUACAGGGAGAUAGCUUCUUGCUGUUUCAGUUCCUUCAGGGUAUGCCUCACCUACAGAGAACAGUCCUACACAAGGGCCAUCCUCAUUUGUUGACUGAGCAAAGCAGGGAUGUAAAGGUGCAGCCGUUCUGGCCUACUGCAGGACAAUUCUGAUGAGCCAUAGUCACUCCAGAGCUCCUUGUCAAGUUGACUGGGUCUAUGUCUGAUCUAUAUUGCAGUUUAACUUUUCCCUCUAUUCAAUCCUGCUUCCUCCCCCUAGUUAAUAUCUUGCACCUCAAACUCUAUCUCAGCAUCUGCCUCCAAAACACCCAACCUGUGAUUGACAACCUCACUCUGUCUACAAACUGAGAAAUGUUCUCAAUAUUUUGUCUGGACCAUGGCAAUAGCCUCCUCCUAAUUGUUCUCCUGGUCUCUAAUUUCUCUGAGUUCUGUUUCACCUUCUAUAUAACAAUAAAAAACCAUUGAUUUGAUCAUA